AUGGACUAUGAAGAGGAUGAUGAUGUCUCCUUUGCAAAAUGGAUGAGCAGUUUCUGGGGACACAAUGUGCCAGAUGAAAAUGACAAAGCAAGUAGAUCUUACAGGCAAUGGCAGACAAGAUCCUUGAUGGAAAGGAGAGCCUCUCUUCCGGCUAAACUUUCUUCCAUCCACAUGACAAGAUUUCAGGCUUCUACCAGGAUCCCAUCACCAAGCCAUCUGAGGGAUUGCAAAGAAAUGCGAGAAGACCAAGAUUCAGAAGAUACAAAAUGGCACUGUCAUGCAAAGGCAUGCAAGAAGUCCUCAAAUGGCAAUUCUCCCCAGGGAACAAGUGGACCAAACAGUCGCUCAAAUUCCAUCCUGGAGUUUUCAGAAUCUUUUGAGAGGCAGCUGCAUUUCAAAAACAAGCGCUCAGUUUCUUUGGAACCUGAAGGGAUGAAACAGAGGCGGGAGAGAGAGAAACUGCGUAGUCACAAGAGCAGGUCUCAUAAGAAAAUGGGAGAAAAGAAGGAACCGAAGAAUGAACAAGUAGUAGGAAAAAUUAGUGUGGAAGUUCCAGCUGAAAAACAUAGUUAA